AUGGGUUGGGAUUCUACCAUACGAGAUUUGGAAAGGGACUAUACUUUCCAAGAUGUGGAUAAGUCUCAACAAGGCGUGUAUAGGCCUCAACAAUACAUGAAAAGACCUCAACAAGACAUAGGUAGGUCUCGAGAUAAGCAACAUAGAGUUAAGAAAGCCUGCGAUGGCUGCCGUAAAAGUCAUUGUAAGUGUGACGACAUCAAACCAUGCAAGCAUUGUAAAAAAAUUGGCCUUCUUUGUACUAUCGACGGACAAGCAGAGGAGAACUUUACUAUAGAAA